GUUUUAUUCUUCACACCUCUUUUAGAUUACUCAGUCCGACUUCCUUUCGAAAUAUUUUCUAAUGGCUUCCCAGAGAAUAGAGGAAGAAGUUAAUGUUAAAUUUCAAGUUCAACAGGUUAAAUGUCCAAUAUGCAGAUCUGCGUGGCUAGAUAGACAACCUAGAUGUUUACCUUGUAAAGUUAUGCACAUAUUUUGUUCAGAAUGCCUGGAGGAAGUCGGACACCAAUACGAAUUAAAAUUCGGUGAUAAAUUUCCUUGUCCAAUUUGCAGAAAGGAGCAUACUUGGCCGGAAGAUGGGGUAAACUCUUUUUCUGUUCUCACUCCUUUCGUUCAAUGUAAAACUGUUUACGAUAACAAGAAAGAAGGACCGAGUUUAAUAGAAUUGAAUACUAGCAGUACUGCAGAAAACGAUUAUAAACAUCUGGAAAAACAGAUUUUAGCUGAAUUGGAAGAAUUAGAUAAAGAUAGAAAGAGAGAAUUCGAUUCAUUAAAUAAUCAAACGAAAAACCUAUCAAUAUUAAUUCAAAGUAGAAAAGAUUAUCUUCAAAAUGAGUUAGAUGAUUUUUUUACAAAUAAGGAAACGAAACUUAAGAGUUUAUUAAAGGAUAUUAGUAAUUUUGAAAUGUUUCAAUAUCAAGCGGGUAAAAUGUUUGAAAGUAACCUAAAGGAAAUGAAAUCAAAGCUAUUGAAAGAGAUAAAGAGAAUUUUAAAGAGUAAGGCUCAAUUUCAAAAAUGGGAUCACUUAAAUUUUAAAUUAGGUGAAAUAGUUUACAAUAAGGAAGAAGUUAUUAGUCUAGAGGAUACAUUUAAUAUCGAGGGAAAUAUUUAUAGAAUAGCUUGCGGAGAUAAAUCUUUGUAUAUAUUAACAAAGGACAAUUCAAAGGGUUAUAACAUAUAUACAAUUCUCUCUUUGGGACAAGAUCAAAAAUCGAUUAAUAAGUUGUAUACAUGGAAAACUAACAGUAACGAAAAUUAUAGAAUGUCGGCUAAUAAGGAACUAUAUCUGGUAGAGAUUGAACCUUCAUACGCACUGUUACGUUUAACAACGCAUGGAGAUAGUUUCAAAUUAAAGGCUCUCCAUAAACUUAUCCAAAAAAAUGGUGGCUUUUCCGAUCCGUAUUGGACAAAUAUCGCUUCUACUGAGGAUGGUAUUAUAGUUGUUAGUGCUAAUUGGAUUGAAAAAUACUCAAUACAGCCUCUCAAGAGAGUUUGGUCAAUGUCUGCUCCCACUGAAUUUGCAGUCAAUGAUCUCAGGUGCGACGAAGAACAUUUAUAUAUUCUAUUUUCCAAUUCGACGAUAUAUCGCAUAAAUCUCAACAAUAAGAACGUUGAUACUCUUCCUAUCGAAAAUAUUGAUAGAGAUUUGCUAUUUAAUGAUGAUAUCAUUAAUAAUUUGGUAAGGGGAGGUUGUCUCCUCUCAAACAAAAGAAAUAUUUACGUCAUCGACGCCUCGAAGAGAGUAGUUUAUUGUCAUAAGUUAAUUAAAGUUUUCGGAAGUUGUGCUUUAAUGGAUUAUCGCCUAGACGAAGAAAAUAUCGUUUUUUAUACAGUUGAUAAAUCCAAUAUUUUAACAGUAAAGCAAUUUAAUAGACAAAGUGUCAAGAGGGACGAGUAG